AUGGCAGACAACGCAUGGAUCGCCCCCUCGUUCAGUGACCUUCUCGGAGACGGGUCCCCCGUGGCCAAGAAGGCGUGUAAAGCCAUCUCUUCCUCCUCCUCUAAGCUCCUGGCCGCGGCCUCGCGCCCGGCUUCUGCGGUGAAUGUUGAAGUCUCGUCCACUCCUUCGAUGGGUGCGCCUGGCAAGUGCUUCCGUCGUCUCUGUGCUCAACGAGACAUGGUCAGUCAGACUGUGACUGAUGUGAAGCGUGACCUGGAUGCGCUUGUCGCCGUGAUUUUCCCUGAGAACCUCGCUGAGUCAUAUCGCAAGGAUAUUGUUGCGUGCAUCAAAAAAAUUCUCCGUCGUUCCGAUUUCAAGAGUUGGCAGAUUCCCUCCUUCAAGUCGAUGGCUAGCGAGAACUUGAAGUUCGGUAAGCGAACUUACGCCUGGCAGAUCCUUCAAUUCCCUAACAAGGAAGCGGCCAAGGACUUCGCGGCCCGCCCUCCGAUUUUCUUCUCUCCGCCGCAUGGCCCUGCUGUCGAGCUUAAGGUCUACGUCGACCCCGCUCCGGAUUUCACCGCUGCUAAGGCGCGCGGCGAGACGCACAUUGUCGUUCGCAACAUCCCGCUGGACCUCACUGAGGAGAAGCUAAUCAGCAUCCUGUUGAAAGGCAAGAAUCGCGACGGACAGAAAUGGAUCUCUGUCCUCUUGCACUUCCACACUGCCUCCAAUCCGUACGAGGAGAUGUUCCAGCUGCAGAUGCAUGGCAUCGUCAAACCAAUGAUCGGUGAUGAGUCGUUCAGCGUUACCCCACCAGUGAUCUGGAUCGACGACGUGCGCGAGCCUGUCCUGGUUAACCUCUCAUGCCACUCCUGUGGCAUCUACUCGAGCAACCAUCGUACCAGGGACCACCAUGUGUUCCCCACUCUGCGCCGCGACAAGAUCAACAACCCGUACACGAUCUCGGUCGCUCAGCUGCAGAACGUUAAUGCCAAAGCGCUUGGACACUCGCCUGCUGCCAACAGUAUCAAGUAG